AAAGUCAACUUGGUUUCUGCCAGCAGCAGGGGUUUCCCCAACCACAGCUGUCAUUAAAGCCAGGUUGGGCCUUUGUCCUGGGGAUGGAGGGCAGUCAGCACUUGGGGCCCAGCUGGGGCUGCCCUGGAGAUGACUGUGGAAACUGGGUUGGCCUCCUCGGAUCGGAGGGAGGGAGUUCAGGAUACCCAGAGCUGCCAGAAAUGUCCACAUCCCAAGAUGCAGUGAGUGUAUAUGCACACUGUAAUGCGUCUGUCCUCUGAAAGGAGGGAGAUAAAAACACUCACCUCACAGGCUGUUGUGGGGAUUAAGGGAGGAGCACUGCUGGUACAUGGGAGCCAGCGCCGGCAGCCGCCAUGGCGUCACGCAUCGGGCUGCGCAUGCAGCUCAUGCGGGAGCAGGCGCAGCAGGAGGAGCAGCGGGAGCGCAUGCAGCAGCAGGCCGUCAUGCAUUACAUGCAGCAGCAACAGCAGCAGCAGCAGCUGGGGGGGCCGCCCACCCCGGCCAUCAACACCCCCGUCCACUUCCAGUCACCACCACCUGUGCCCGGGGAGGUGCUGAAGGUGCAGUCCUACCUGGAGAAUCCCACCUCCUACCAUCUGCAGCAGUCCCAGCACCAGAAGGUGCGGGAGUACCUGUCCGAGACCUACGGGAACAAGUUUGCCGCCCAUAUCAGCCCCGCCCAGGGCUCCCCGAAGCCCCCGCCAGCUGCCUCCCCGGGGGUGCGGGCCGGACAUGUGCUGUCAUCCUCAGCAGGAAACAGUGCUCCCAACAGCCCCAUGGCCAUGCUGCACAUCGGCUCCAACCCCGAGCGGGAGUUUGAUGAUGUCAUCGACAACAUCAUGCGUCUGGACGAUGUCCUGGGCUACAUCAAUCCUGAAAUGCAGAUGCCCAACACGCUGCCCCUAUCCAGCAGCCACCUGAACGUGUACAGCAGCGACCCCCAGGUCACAGCCUCCCUGGUGGGCGUCACCAGCAGCUCCUGCCCAGCGGACCUGACCCAGAAGCGAGAGCUCACAGAUGCUGAGAGCCGGGCCCUGGCCAAGGAGCGGCAGAAGAAAGACAAUCACAACCUAAUCGAAAGGAGACGGAGGUUCAACAUCAAUGACCGCAUCAAGGAGUUGGGAAUGCUGAUCCCCAAGGCCAAUGACCUGGACGUGCGCUGGAACAAGGGCACCAUCCUCAAGGCGUCUGUCGAUUAUAUCCGGAGGAUGCAGAAGGACCUGCAGAAGUCCAGGGAGCUUGAGAACCACUCUCGGCGCCUGGAGAUGACCAACAAGCAGCUCUGGCUCCGUAUCCAGGAGCUGGAGAUGCAGGCUCGAGUGCACGGCCUCCCCACCACCUCCCCGUCGGGCAUGAACAUGGCCGAGCUGGCCCAGCAGGUGGUGAAGCAGGAGCUGCCCGGCGAAGAGGGCCCAGGGGAGACCCUGAUGCUGGGGGCCGAGGUCCCUGACCCUGAGCCGCUGCCGGCUUUGCCUCCCCAGGCCCCGCUGGGCCCGCCUGCUCAGCCACCGUCCCCAUUCCAUCACCUGGACUUUAGCCACAGCCUGAGCUUUGCGGGCGGGGAUGACGAGGGGCCCCCAGGCUACCCCGAAGCCCUGGGCCCGGAGCAUGGCUCCCCGUUCCCCAACCUGUCCAAGAAGGAUCUGGACCUCAUGCUCCUGGACGACUCACUGCUACCACUGGCCUCCGAUCCCCUCUUAUCCACCAUGUCCCCCGAGGCCUCCAAGGCCAGCAGCCGCCGGAGCAGCUUCAGCAUGGAGGAGGGCGAUGUGCUGUGACCCUGGCUGCCCCUGUGCCAGGGAACAGGGGCCGGCCUGGGGGCUGGGAGGGCUGGGGCACCCCCUCCCUCCCUUCAGGCUGCACUCGUGUGUGCAUUAGCCACCUGCCCUGCCUCACUACUCCCUAUUGACCCCCUGUUUGGACUUAGUGCCUGCCUGGCAGCCUGUGGGGUCAGGAGAACCACCCCCCCAGCUCAGUGCCCCCCAGGGGCAGCCCUCUUGAUGGGGCUGGGAGGGGGUAGGCCUUCACCUUGGCUCCAGGAGGUGCAAUCAUGAGGGGAAGGGAGGGGCAGGUGUACCAGAGGUAAGAAGAGGACUCCUAGUGGGGGCGUCCUAUCUUCUGAGCCUGAUCCCCUUCAGCACCAAUGAAGGACACAUUGGAGCAGAGGAUUCCAGAAGCUCCUUCUCUGAGGCAGCGACUGGUCCGGGGGUGCCCAGGCCUGCCUUUCUGGGACUCAGAUGGCAAAAAGCCCAUCCCCCAGCCUGGUCCUCCCCCCUCCCAGAGGUGAGGUCCCACCCCCUUCGGUGCUAACAGCUCUCCACCAGGUGGUGUGAGGGUGGGGGUGGCCGGAAGAGAGGGAGCAGCUGGGUUCGGGUUAGAGUGUGGGGUCACUGCUGGAAGAGCAGCCCCCUCCAGACUUCCCACUUUGUGCCUUUAGUAAACACUGUGCUUUGUA